AGAAUCAGGAGAAAAACCCAUCAGCCCAUCAUCGCGCCUGUAGAACAGAGUAGAAAAUUGCGUGUGCGGACGACGGUAAUGGUUUUUUUUUCGUUUUUGGUCGCGGUUUCACCGUAAAAUCAGCAUUUUAAUCGAUUUUCUGUUGGACGUUUUGGUUGCUAGCGAUACGUGCGCGUUUGAAAGUCGUGAACGCCGAUUUCGAGUUGAUUUGCUGGUGGUUUGAAAAUUUUUGCUGAAAGGUGGUCGAAAAGCACAUCAGCAGCAAGUGCAAAAAUUUAACGCGAAGAUUUUUCUUUUUAGUUUUUUUUUCUUUCGGUUCGUUGGUGUUGGUGUGGAGAGUUGCCCGCCAGUGUGUGGAGAACUGUCAAAAAUAGCAAACCACAAUCUUCUUUUACUUGUUGGUUUUUUUUAAGUGAAAAAGCAAAGAAGAGCGACGGCGAAAGGAAAGCAGAAGAAAAUUCCGGACGAUUGCUGUGAUCGGUUUCCAUUCUUUGGUUUUUGAAGCAAAUUUUUUCGGUUCAGGUGAAUAGAUUGUGGCCACAGGGCCAAUAAAGGUGUUCCAGUAGGGCAGAGUUUUAUUUUUGUUUUGUUUGCUUUUAGUUGUUAGCUGGUUUUGGCGUUGGGUUCGGUACGAAUGCUAGACGGAAUUGCAUAAGGCCAAAAAGGGAAACAAUAGAAAAUAAGCUUGGAGUUGACGACCUUUUUUGGGAACUUCCGGUCAACGGACAUUGAAAGAAUUUGGAACACCGACUAGUGUGGCGUGGUACGUAUCGCGGGAGUUCAGCUAACAGAAAACAAAUUCAAGACGACAACGGUGGAAGGCGGAAGAUGAACAACAAGCACGACACCAAUCGGCACGUAUUAACGAUUCAGGCGAAAAAGAAGCGUCAUAAGGCAGCUAAGAGAAAGGCGAAGCAGCAAGCGGCACAGGUGGCCCAGCAGCAGCAGAACCAGAAUCGCGGGUCCAUUUCUCCCGAUAAUGAAAUGAAUCCGGUUCCGGCUGAAGAUGAUAGUCUGCAACUACCGCAGGGAAACCAGCAGCAACAACAACAGCAGCAGAAGAAGAAGCAGACACAGCGUCAACUGGAACGCUGGAGUUCUAAUGAAUCGCUGGACGACCAGGAACAACAGGCCUUGGACGAGGACGCCACUGGCUAUAGUAGUGACGAGCGGGAAGAGGAGCAAGAAUGUCGGGAAGAUUACUGCCGAGGAGGGUAUCACCCGGUAAAGCUGGGGGAUCUUUUUCUGCAACGGUAUCACGUCAUCCGGAAGCUGGGCUGGGGACAUUUUUCGACCGUAUGGCUCAGUUGGGACUUGGAAGAGAAGCGCUACGUUGCAUUGAAGAUCGUCAAAUCGGCUCAGCAUUUUACCGAUACAGCCAAGGACGAGAUUCAGAUUUUAAAAUCGAUACGGAAUGCUGACCCAGCAGAUCCCAAGCGAAACAAAACCGUGCAGCUGUUGAACGACUUCCGGAUAACCGGUGUCAAUGGAACCCACAUUUGUAUGGUGUUCGAAGUUUUGGGACACAACUUGCUGAAGCUGAUUUUGAAAAGCAACUAUCGGGGUAUCCCGUUGCCCAAUGUGAAGUCGAUCAUCCGGCAGGUCCUGGAGGGGUUGGAUUACCUGCAUACGAAAUGCAACGUGAUCCAUACGGAUAUCAAACCGGAGAAUGUGCUGAUCUGCGUUGACGAAUCUUACAUUCGCAAGUUGGCCUUCGAAGCUACGGAAAUGCAUACAAUGGGCUGCCGUUUGCCAUAUUCACUGAUUUCAACCGCCCCUGCUCAGUUUCAGGAACAGCCAAUCAAUCAAAACAUGAGCAAAACCAAGAAAAAGAAAUUGAAGAAAAAGGCCAAAAUGCAAUCGGAACUUAUUCGGCAACAGAUGGAACACAUACAAAAGUUGGAAUUUGGAACCGUCGAAAACGGCGAAGCCGAACCGACCAGUCCUCUCGCCAAGAAAAUGGACCACGAAACCGAAAGCGAAUCUCCUGUUGCUUCUCCCGAAAGUCCUCGGUUACUGUUGAAUUGCGACAAUCGGUCCGGAUCCGGAUCUUCAGGAGAUGACGAUGAUGUCCCAAGCCCAACCUCACCAACCUCUAGCAAAAAACAACUAACAUCCCCCACUGCCGGUGACAUUUCUCCCAACCCAUCAUCUAGCCCCGACAAGUCGGCGUCCAAUAACAACGACGAUUCGACGGCCGAGAAAGCUUCCUCCUCCUCACUUCCCACUGCAUCCUCCUCCGCAUCUCAAAAUACCAACAAAUCUCCCGCCUCCUCCGCCAACAAACUCACCAUCAGUGACUCCAUGCGCCAAAUCCUAUCCCGUGUGAAAGAACGUAAAGAUCCGGCCUUUGAGAUUUGCGACUUUGAAGUCAAAAUUGCCGACCUGGGGAACGCCUGCUGGGUGGACAAACAUUUCACCGAAGACAUCCAAACGCGUCAGUAUCGCUCCCUGGAGGUCAUCAUCGGGGCCGGAUAUAACUGUUCGGCUGACAUCUGGAGCACCGCGUGUAUGGCCUUUGAGCUGGCCACCGGGGAUUAUCUGUUCGAGCCGCACUCCGGGGAUAACUAUUGCCGGGAUGAUGAUCACAUUGCCCACAUCAUCGAGCUGCUGGGUCCCAUUCCCAAACGAAUCGCUCUUUCCGGUCGGAUGUCAAACCACGCCUUCAAUUCUAAGGGCGAACUUCGGAACAUCACGGGUCUGAAACCGUGGGGCCUAGUCGAGGUCCUUCGGGAGAAGUACGAGUGGAACUUAGAGGAUGCGAUCGAAUUUAGUGAUUUCCUAACGCCGAUGCUGAACUACGAUCCCAAGAUGCGAGCCACGGCAUCGGAAAGCCUGCAACAUUCGUGGCUCAAGUAGUGUGACCCUGUGAAGGGAGUUACGUUUAGUUCCAUCGUUUCGAACCAAGAAUUCUAGUGAAGAAAGAAGAAAAUAAACCAGACACCGAACAGCUGCUAGGUGUUGUGCGGUUCGGGGAGGGAAAAGUGAAAACAAUGACUAGGGGUUUUGCGGAGAGCAAGCAAGCCGUAAAUGAUAUUCCCAUGAAACAGUGGGCGCAGUGAGUGUGAACAAACGGAAAGGACAAUCCCCGCAAAUAAAUAGAAAGGAUAAGGAACAACCGACUGUGGAUAACGGGAUAUAUACUAGAGCGGAGUCGUCACUAUGCAGUUAGAAGCAGUAAUGCUGUUUAUGGAACUUUACACAACGGACCAGGAUAGGCUAAACUACGAGUCUCGGGAGCCGUUCGCUCCUGCAGGAAUGAAGAAAUUCAAAUUUCUAUUAAAUUGGACGUAUUCGAUUACGCUUUUCCCCAAAAACCCAUCAGAAGAGGACAAAUAUUUGAAAAUUAGGAAAAAAACAAUCACCAAAUCGAUGAGAACAAAAAUCUGUAGCUAUUUUAUAUGAAAUCCACAUUGAAGUUAGGGAAAUUAACUAAAAAUAAAACAAAAGCGAAUCGAAAAAGUUGUAGUAAGGAAAGAAAGUCGACGUCGAUGCCACUCUUGAAGAGUUUAGACAAAAGAGCUUUUUUCCUGCCAGUGCGUUACUUUUACUAUACAGUUAUGCCUCUAUACUACGUAUUUGCAUUGGUAUGAAGGUAUGACUUAAAAAAAAUGAUGAUUUCUUCAGUCGCUGCUAAGGCUAGCGGAAGUCUUCCUUUGUCUCUAUACAUCUAGUAAUGGCUGGGACUGGUUCAGGAAAUUACAGGAGAAAGAGUGUGACGAAUGCUGGAACAGGAAGCCAGAACGUGAAUUUCAGUCAGUCAAUGGUCUUGUACAGAGAAUUGAACAUUUUUUACCCCCAGGACACGAAGCUGUAAGUAUCUAUAUGUACUACAUAUUGCAAAGAAUCGACCAAUCCUUUUAAGUUUUUGCCUGGUUUGGCUGGUUCUAAUUCAAGCGGCGCGGCAGUUGAAUCUCCGUUUGGAUAAUGGACUGCAUCAGAUAAUAUGGCUUCUGUUAGUAGUUGAGUAAUUGAAUAGGGUGGAGAAACAAGAGGAGGGAAAAUGCCGCGGUAGAAAGAUUCCUUUUCCUUUCGAAAGGUUUUCAUAGCGUCGAAAAAUUGAGCGACGCAAGCCAGUCAUUAUCAAACUGAGAAAAGAUACAAUAACGUUAUAGUAACUAAAUAAUAGUUAGUUGGAUGAUGAAACUCUACAACAUCGGGCAUUACUGAGGCCCGGAACCGGUGUUAGCAGUACUUUUGAGAUGAACUGUGUAAUCCUAUAUUGUUAAUAGCGAAAACAAUGAGAUAAGCGUGAAAAAUUAUGUCACAUACAGGCACUUUUUAACGAUAAUAAAUAUUUAAGAACAUUUAGCAAACCCCCCAACAUUUAGGAACAUAUUGCAAACAUACCGUAUAGCAGAAAUACACUACACACAAUCAAAAUUAACGAGGAAAAUUUCACCCGUGUAACAUUACAGCAUGAUUUUCAUACACACACAAAAAAAAACGUUCCACAUGCAUCGUACUAUAAUCUAAAGUCAUUAUAAAAGCAUACCGACAUUGUUUGAACAGUAGUGGAUAGUUAAUCAUAAAUGAUCGAUUACACAACAGUCAACUGCAAACUAUUGACCAAUUGAAUUGUAAAACAAACUGGUGUCCAGGGAUUUUUGUUUCAUGAAAAUGCUUGACAUAGAUGAAGAGGAGAACUGAUCGCCUUUUUUCUUGGUUUUACAAACAAUUCAAAUAGAAAAUAAGUAACGCUGAUACGUUUUUUUUAAAUUUAAAACUCCCGCAAACGAAAAUUUCAAGAAAGCAAAGUAAAAGUCUCACUAGAAUUGGUUUUACAAAAUUUGUUUUUUUUUUAAAUACCAAGAGAAAACAAUGAAUCAUUGGGAACCGAAAACAUUAAAACUUUGAUACUUGUUUGUAAAUAAUCCUAGGUCUACACAAUCCACCUUUUUUCGAGGAGACAAACACUUCAGAGCUAAUUUUCAUUAAUAUGGUGCGCUGAUUUUAAAUAUUCAAAAAAAAUUCUAACAGCUCUAGUUUUUACUUCGAUGUUUAACUUCAAUAGUUCAAUAAAAAGAUUUGUACGCUGUUUUGGCAAAACUAUUUAAAUUUAUGGUUUUAAAUAAUUGGACAAUUUUCUCUAGGACUGCAAGUACUUUUGACUCCUGAGAAAAGUUACAGAAGCUUUUUUCCGAUCUUAAAAAAUGGAUUUUAUUUAGAAAAUUCCAAAGGAUUUCUAAACAGUUUUUUUCUAUUUACCAAAAACUGAUAAAUUUUAUCAUUUACAAACGCCGUUUUACCAAAACUUGAGAUGAUAGACAAAAUAUGACAACAGAUUUGAAAUGAGGGCGUCAUAUUCUACCGAAAUUAUUUUUCAAAACAAAGGCAUAAUAAAUGAUGUUCCCCUGUAUGAUUCAAAAUAUUUUUCAAAAAUUGUUUGAAUAUUCCCAAAAAUACUCAAACGACUCCUCAGUUCUCACAUGUUAAAUUUUUGGCAAAAGUUGGUAAAGAAUUAAGAUAUUUUAUGACGAUCUCAUAAAACUUUUCAAUCAAAUUUGAUCAAACUAUUCGAGGCAUUCGAAUUAUAAAUUCAAAAAUACAUAAUUUAAUACGUAAUGUUUCAAAAGCUUAUUGUGAGGGGAAUAUUUUUUUAAAUUAAAAUUGACAAUUUUUGAAUCAAAAUUUAUGCUUUUGAUUCAAUAAGAUAGGUACUCUUUUGAUUCAAAUACAUAUUUUUUAAUAAACACACCAAUCUUUAUAUUGUUCUUCAGUCGAAAAAAAGGGAAUCGAAAAUUAACACUACCUACUUUUCUAAAAAUUUGAUUAAACAAAAUAGUUCUUGAUUUAAAAAGAGUCUUACGAUUCAAUGAUAGUUUUGCUUAUAAUUUUAGAUCUUCGUUUGUUUUGUUCCAGUACAAUUUUGUAACGAUUCUAGUGAGAUUUGUCUCAAUAUUUUCAUUCAUACCGCAUUUUUGAAUUCAAGCAGUUUUCCUGUUGUUUCUUAUUUUAUUUGUUUCAUAGUUUAACUUUUUACUACCUGUGAAAAUCCAAAUGGUUUCAACAUAUCCUUCACAAAGCACAGAAGCUAAAUUAUCUUCAAAGAAAACAAACCUUCUUAAGUCUUAGAACCACUAACCUUCGUUCAUACCAAGGAGGUGAAGAAAUUUGAGAUCGUGAGCAAAGCAUCGCAGUCAUGCGACAAGAAUGUUAUUAUUAUUGACCACGAGUGGUUUGGUUUUUCUUUUAAACUUAUUUCUAUAAUUGUUGAGUGUAUUAGUCAACGAGAAAUUGUUUUUAAACAUUCAUUGACCAUUUCACUCAAUUUUUACCAAAAGAAAACUGAAGCCGUACAAUAAUCAUACCAUACUUACAUUCUUACACAUGACUACAGAACGAUUAGUCAAAUAUUUUUCACCCUUUCAGCGACUUUGUUCGCAGACACAAAUUGCAAAAUUAUUUUGUCUAUUUUACUUUGCUUCUGAAACGAAAAUUGCUAAGUUGAAUUAAAAAUAAAAUCGAAGGGAAGGACACAUUUUUUCACCUCAUACGUUUUCCGAGCACAGUAAUAUCACCGGUCGAAAUACGCUCGUUUUCGCUCCACCAUUCUCAUUCAUCGUUAGAUUUCAUACCUUGAUUUUGACAAAAAAAAAAAAAACAAAUCACAGUGACAGACUCCGCAGCAUUACUAGUUUAACCCGAAUCGUAUAGACGCGAGACGAAAUAUACCGCAGAAGGCAGAAGUGACAUCAAGGAAUGUAAUAAUGAAAAUAAAAAAAAAUACCAGUGGUAUGCUUAGUAAUCGUUAUGUCGUUUAUACACACACUGAAAAGGCUAUACUCAGAACGAAGAAGACGAGGAAGAAGAAGAAAAAAAAAACAUAUUAAAUAAAGAACCAUUUCAUAGAAACCCGAUUAGAGAAAAAGAAAAAAAUAAAACAUCCAUCAUGCAUAUUUCGUUGAGAGGAAAGGAAAACAAUACUGAUAAAAAAAGAAAAGUCGAAUCCAUCUUGACGAGUUACAGAUCAAGAGAGAAAGAGAGACGGAUCGAAUAAACCGAAGGGUGGUUUCCUUUCCUUUUGCUGUUUAUAUUAUUUAUUUUGAACAUAUAGGAGAAAAAAAACAAACAAACAAAAAAAAACUGCGGGAGUUAUUCCGUUGUAAUAAUAAUUAUGAAUAGAAAUGGAAAAAAACACACUCUGUAGAGAUGAAGUAGUGAUUUAAAAACUAGUAAUAAAUGAUUAUCAGUAAAAAUUAAAA